CGCAUGUCCGGGUGUACAGCAUAUAUAUCUAAUGUUUAUAUAUAGCAUACGUCCAGUCUACCUGUUGGGUAUAAAAGAAUUGUUUGUAAACAGACUGACAUUCAUCAUGAGCAAACGAACGAUGGGAACCAAGAGAAAAGCAGCCAUGGAGGCGGCCACCAAGGCCAAGAGAGCCCGGGGGGAGACGGACCUGAGUGACGGCUUGAGGUGGUCCCAUCACGGGGAGGUCAGUAAGGGGGUGUGUCCACUGAUGGCCCUGACCUCGCCAUCUCUCCCGGGCUCAGAGAAGGUGGUAGGGUUUGAUAUCGACUUCACGGUGAUCAAAACAGCCAGCGGCAAAAAAUUUGCACAAGGGCCCAGUGACUGGGAGUGGUGGGACGACUGUGUCCCCCAGAAGCUGAGGGACCUGAACACCCAGGGCUACCGGGUGGUCUUCUUCACAAACCAGGCAGGCAUAGAGAAGCUCAAAACCAAGGCUGAGGACAUCACCAAGAAGGUGGAAGACAUGAUAGCGGAGCUUGGGAUUCCAGUGCUGUGUUUUGUUUGCACUGGGAGCAACCACUAUAGAAAACCAAGUACGAACAUGUGGGACUUCUUUGUAAAAAAUGCAAAUGGAAGAGUGAAGGUUGACCUAAAGAAGUGUAAAUAUGUGGGGGAUGCAGCUGGUCGAGCCAAGAAUUGGGCCCCGGACAAACCAAAGGACUUCUCCUGUAGUGACCGCAUGUUUGCCGCCAAUAUUGGAAUAGAUUUUGCCACACCGGAGGAGUUUUUUCUGGGAGAGAAACCAGCCCCAUUUAGUUGGGGGUCUCCAGACCCACUCAAAUAUAUGAAAACCCCAAAACCACUCCCAGGGAGCAAGGAUUUUAUAUCAAAGAAUCAAGAAUUAGUAAUAAUGGUCGGUUGUCCAGCAUCAGGGAAGAGCACAUUCAGAAAGACGUAUUUUGAACCUCAUGGGUACAUUGCAGUGAACAGGGACACCUUAGGAACUGCGGAAAAGUGCUUAAAGGUCUGCAAGGAACAACUUUCAAAUGGAAAAAGCGUGGUGGUUGACAACACAAAUCCAAAAGUAGAAGCCAGAAAAUCCUUCAUUCAGUUAGCACAGAAACAAGGAAUUCCAUGUCGAUGUUUUGUUAUGAAUACACCACUUGAACUUGCCAAGCAUAUGAAUUAUGUCCGUCAAAAUCAGACCGAUGGAGAAGUGAGGAGAAUUCCUGAAGUGGGCUACAAUGUCUACAAGAAAGGAUACAGUGAGCCCACAAAGGGGGAGGGCUUCAGUGAAAUAGUUCAAAUUGACUUCAUUCCAUCGUUUAACUCUAAGAGAGAUGAGGCUUUGUUUAAACAGUGGACCAGCUCCGAGCGAUGAUGAAACAUAUUACAUUCUCUUUGUUAAAUUAGAAAAAAAGGUGUUCUGUAGAAUAUAAGGUACUAAAAGCACAACAUUUUUAAUAUGUAUAAAUGUAUUAUACUACAUGUAUAUAUACAUUCAAGGGUCAAGAUAUUUUGUUUUAUUGUUGUUUUGUGUAACCUUAGACCUUGAUUUUGUCAUUAGUUCGCUAGGUGCAAGCCCAAGCAAGUACUUGCCAAAUUCCCUAUCCCUCUAACCGAUCAGUGAACAUUUUACUUUUACCUGAUUAAUUAUUUUAACUCCAAGUCUAGGGACAUGUACUAUGUUCCUCUACAUAUUUAGUGCCUUUUUGAUGUUCUUUGUUGUUAGUAUCGAUUUUCAAUUUGUAUUCUAUCCAGAUGAAAUUGAAUACGGUGUUUUUGAUGAUAAACAUCUAUUAUAGCUACAUGCAUGUUUUUUUUUUGUCCUGUUUGACUUAAAGAAAUUGCCCCAUAACUUACCUUUCAGUUACAUGUUCAUAUAUAUACAUGUAUAUAUAUUCAUUGUAUAUUUCAUCAACAGUGUUGUUUCAUUAAUUCAUCAAAAAGUUGUAUUUUUUACAAUUCAUGUUGUUAUAAACAUGUUAAAAGAUUUAUUAUUUUUAAAUUUAAUUCAUGCUUAUUUUACACGUUGUAAUUUAGUUUUGAUAUAUCAACAUACAUGUACUUACAGUCGUUACCGACCUUAUUUUAUGC